GUGACCUCAAUAUAUCGAGUAACAGAGAACGCCGUCGUUCUGCAGAAAACUACGACUCCCAGAAUGCACCUAGGUAAGGCCUCCAGAAAGGAGCCCGGCGCUGCCGCAAGGGGUUCUGGAAGACGUGGUUUCCACCAGGGGAGAGGUUUCAGCCUUGCAAGGGCGGGAGACUCUUGGAGACCGCCUCCUGCGAGGCGGGGCAAGCGCUGGUGCACAACCAAUCGUCGAGUCUGCCCUUGGACACGCUGGGAAGCGGCGAAUCGGAACGCAGCGGUUUCCGCCUGGACUGGCGCGCGAGAAUUUGAAUACAGUGGGGGACUACGGGCUCGGCUGAGGAGAGGUCGUCUGUCUGAGGUGCUACCAGGAGUUAGGAUGUCAGCUUUAACGCCAACAAAAAGGAAGCAGUGCUCUUUGAACCAUGACAUCCCAUUAUCAGAAAUUCCAUCAAAGAAAUUAAUUUUGGACUUCACGGAAAAUGUAUUUCCAUCACCUAAUAAAAAGCACAUUUGCCAAACCACUAUUAAAAAUGAAGGAAAGAUUCAUUGCUCUCAACAGGGCCAUUUGAUUUCAAGUCCACUCAAAACGACUAAAAAUAGAUUGCCAUCUGCAAAUCAAGGUUCACCAUUUAAAUCUGCUGUGUCUGCUGUAUCCUUUUACAACAAAGAUAAGUGGUACCUCAAUCCAUUGGAGAGAAAGCUGAUAAAAGAGAGUAGAUCCAUUGGUCUAAAAACUAAUAUUGAGGAUAAAUCGUAUUCCUAUAUGACAGAAAAAAUGCAAGGAAAACCAGUCUGCUCCAAGAAGAUGAACAAAAAACCACAGAAGAGUUUGACUGCUAAGUGUCAAGCAGGAUAUAAAUGCAUCAAGCCUGUAUCAAAGAAUUCUAAAAAUUCCAAGCAGAACCGAGUGACCUAUAAGCCAGCUGUGGAGAAUAAUUGUUACUCAGCUGAAAAUAAUCUGAAUGCUCCUCGAGUUCUAAGCCAGAAGGUCAAACCACAAGCUACUCUCCAGGGUGGAGCAGCUUUUUUUGUUAGUAGGAAAAAGCCCUCAUUGAGAAAAUCAUCCCUGGAAGAUAAGCCGUUACUGGGACUCACCCAGAAAAAUAAAUCAGAAGUUAUUGAAGAGUCUGAUGGAGAGAAUGUCAAUGAAAGAAGUUUUGAGAAAAGGCAAGUGCCAAAGUGUGUGUUAGUAGAAAAAGAACUGAACAUUGAGCUGUUGAGUGAAAGAAGUAAAAGUGAAGAGAAAUUAAUAAAGGAUGCAUCAGAUGGAGUCAUUUCUUCAAGGGAGUGUAAAACUAAUGAAAAUAAGAGUUGUCCUUCAGAGGAGUCUUUCAGUGAGAACAAGGCAGUUUCUCCUGAGUCCAUUGCCUAUCCCAUCUUCACUAUGUGUUCAGUCAACACAAAAAGAUCUCUAGUUGAAGAACAGUCUUCUGUGGGAUCCACCACAUCUACUAACUUCUUAAAACAAAUCAACGUACAGAAGAGUACUAAUACAAAAGAUUCAAACAAAGAAACAAGAGACCAGCUCAUCAUUGAUGCAGGUCAGAAACAUUUCGGAGCCACCAUGUGCAAGUCCUGUGGCAUGAUCUACGCUGCUUCCAACCCUGAGGACGAACUGCAGCAUGUUCAGCAUCACCACCGAUUUGUGGAGGGAAUCAAAUAUACAGGCUGGAAAAAAGAACGUGUUGUAGCUGAGUUUUGGGAUGGGAAAAUUGUGUUGGUCCUGCCACGUGAUCCGAGUUAUGCUAUCAGAAAGGUUGAAGAUGUCCAGGAACUUGUUGAUAAUGAAUUGGGCUUCCAGCAAGUUGUUCCCAAAUAUCCAAACAAAACCAAAACCUUGCUGUUUAUCUCUGAUGAAAAGAAAGUAGUUGGGUGUUUAAUUGCAGAGCCCAUCAAACAGGCCUUCCGUGUUGUGUCUGAACCAACUGGCCCAGAAACCCCAAGCUCUAAAGAAUGUCAGAGGGCUUGGCAAUGUUCAGAUGUACCAGAACCUGCAGUGUGUGGGAUAAGUAGAAUCUGGGUCUUCAGACUUAAAAGAAGAAAGCACAUUGCACGACGACUGGUAGACACGUUCAGGAACUGCUUCAUGUUUGGCUAUUUUCUCAGGACUGAUGAAAUAGCAUUUUCUGACCCAGCACCAGAUGGCAAGUUAUUUGCAACCAAGUACUUCAACACACCUAAUUUCCUUGUAUACAAUUUUAAUAGUUGA